GUAGUUAUUGGGCUAUCAAAGAGAAAUGAAACUACCGGAUGUUAAAAACUAAUGUUUAAAAUAAUUUAAACUGGUUUAAUCUGGUAAUAUAUAUGUUGAUAUAUAUCCGAUAACGAUGAAGUGUGUUCAUCCAUAUUUUAUACGAAAGGGUGGUCAGCUGACUCUAAUGUUGAUAAAGCAAGUUGUCCGCCGGUGGAGGAAGCUGAGAUCUUCCCGAUCGUCCAGUCGUUCAGACUCUUCCGGUUGGUGGAUUCAUGCUGAGGGCGACCGAGAGCAGAAGGUAAACACCAGGGAAGGAUCGCUGCCGUCAGCAUGGACGUCCAGACCGAGAGAAGGAGGCUGCUGGAUGAUGAGGGUGGAGAUGAUGACCCAACAGGACUCAUAUCCGAGCAGGAGGCUUAUCUCAGCAAAGUGAAGAACAGGAAGUUGUACCUGGCCUCGUUUGCUGCCGUUCUGGGUCCCAUGAGCUUUGGGUUCGUUCUGGGAUACAGCUCCCCUGCCAUCCCUGAGCUCAGCAGGAUUUCCGACCCUCGGCUCAGGCUCAGCGAAAUCCAGGGCUCCUGGUUUGGGUCCAUAGUAACCAUUGGAGCAGCGGUGGGCGGUCUGCUGGGUGGCUGGAUGGUGCAGAAGAUCGGCAGGAAGCUCACUCUGAUGUUCUGCACACUGCCCUACGUCUUCGGCUUCACCAUCAUCAUCGCUGCUCAGAACGUGUGGAUGCUCUACGUCGGCAGAGUGCUCACAGGCAUCGCCAGCGGCAUUACAUCGCUGGCAACCCCAUUGUAUAUUUCUGAGACGGCCCAUGAGAAGGUCCGCGGGCUGUUGGGCUCCUGUGUUCAGCUCAUGGUGGUCUUUGGGAUCAUGGGAGUUUACCUGGCAGGUCUGUUCAUGGACUGGCGCUGGCUGGCGAUCUGCUGCUCCCUCCCGCCGUCGCUGAUGAUGGUCGCCAUGUGUUUCAUGCCUGAGACGCCACGGUUCCUGCUGUCGAAAGGAAAGAGACGGGAGGCCGAGGAGGCUUUGCGCUUCCUGCGAGGGCCGGAUGCUCCCAUUGAGUGGGAGUGCGCUCGUAUCGAGGACGCGUGUAAUGAACAGGGGUCCACUUUCCACCUGUCCGACCUGAAGGAUCCCAGCAUUUUCAAGCCUCUGCUGAUCAGCAUCCUGCUGAUGGUGUUUCAGCAGAUGACUGGGAUCAAUGCCAUCAUGUUCUACGCUGAAAACAUAUUUGAACAGGCGCACUUUAAGGAUAGCGACUUGGCUUCGGUGAUCGUUGCUCUAAUUCAGGUCAUCUUCACUGGAAUAGCAGCUGUGAUCAUGGACAGGGCUGGCAGGAAAGCUCUCCUCAUCAUCUCAGGUUUUUUCAUGAUGAUCAGCACCACAGCGUUUGGAGUUUACUUCUACUUGGUUUCCAAAACUCCCAGCACAGCGUCAGUGAGCUCAGCAGCUGUAGAACCCCAUUCCGACCUGACCUGGCUGGCCCUGGCCAGCAUGGCCAUCUUCAUCGCAGGUUUUGCCAUCGGUUGGGGUCCCAUCCCGUGGCUCAUCAUGUCCGAGGUCAUUCCCGUCAGAGUGAGGGGGUUUGCUGGAGCUGCUGUGGUCCUCAGCAACUGGGGCAUGGCGUUCGUCGUCACCAAAUCCUUCCAGGACAUGAUGGACCUUCUAACCAGCGCUGGGACGUUCUGGCUCUUUGCCUGCAUGUGUGCCCUCAACAUCAUCUUCACUGUCAUCUUGGUCCCAGAAACCAAAGGCAAGACGCUGGAGCAGAUAGAAUCCAUUUUCAGGGGGACAUCAGGUCCGUGAAAGCGCCCCAACCAGCGAAAGAUCCUCAACAGACUGUUAAAUUGGGCAUUUAAAAAAAAUCUUCUAUGAACAUGAAGCUAAUUUAAACAUUUUCUUUAUUUUCUUUUAUUAUCCAAACAUCUGAAGAUGUGAAAUGAUUCCUGUUUUUAUAAAUGCUGUUUUGAAAAAACAGUUUAUGUUAAAUAAGUUGUGCCAUUGAACUGUGUUUUAUUAGUGAGGUACGAUUGAACUGCCCACGCAGUGAUGAUAUGUUUAAUCAUCAGUUGGACAUCUCCACAUGUUGGCUCCUGAAAAAUAUCAUAACCUAACAUGAACAGAGACACCUGAACGAUCGGAAGCACCUGUUGCUCUUCACUGCCCCCUGCAGGCCAUAGAAGGCAUCGGUUCUUAAUUUUGAGUCUGUGUGUUUAGACACAGCUUUUACAAUAAUUUAUCAAUUAUAAAAAGGUUUUAAUAUGAUAAUAAGAAAUGAAAUAGAGAUGAUCACAGAGUUUUGCUGUUUAAUCAUUAAGCCGUGAGGAUUAUAACUGCUAACGAAACAUUUAAGUGUACUGAACCUUUUCCCUUUAAGAGUUUUUAUGCUGCUUUUUCUUACGUUUCUGUCAAUAUUUAUAGUUUGCUGCUUUAACCACAAAGUUAGAAAAAUCCAUAGAGGAAAUACGUAAAAAUGUGGUGUGAUAAGGAUGGGGUUUAUGAAAUGUAUGCAAAAAAAUACAAAAAGUAUUCAUGUUUUUUAAUAGGAUUUUCCCAAAAGCAGCCGGAAAACCCAGCCCUCAUAGAAGCUCCAUAUCUUAGUCAUACUUUACAUUAGAAACACUAACAAAGUUUAAAUUAGUCAGAGAAAGUUGGAUUGGACCUGACUGUGUUUGUCUUUGGAUAUUUUAUACAGUUUUUAAAUAAUAACAAUGAAGAUUUCUCUCUUCUUUUUUUUAGAUUUUACCACAAAUUGUUUGCACAUGUUCCAAAUGUUGACGCUGUUGAAAUAUAUUAAACUAUUUUCAUGACCAUA